UUAAAUUUUUCUCGAGGUUUAACGUACAAAAUAUGUAAUUUUGUGAUUUUCUGCAAGAAGUAAAGAUUCAUUUUGUGGCUUGACUCGUGCUUUGAAGGUGUUUUAGAAGCAUUUCAAAAUUCCCGCUAGUGCGCAACUGCCAUAUUUUCGAGAUUCACUACUUUACCAUUCGGUAAUGCUCUUUCUUUCACCUAUCUGACAAUUCACUAACAUUUUAUAGUAAUUUUCCCUUCAAAACACAAAUAAACUUUAUAUAUUUGUGAUUAAAUAACUCGCAAAAUCUUUUUUUUAACUACGCUCUUAAAUGGGUGAUUUAAGAUAAAUUGUAACAUUGUUAAAAUUCCUUAUUGUUAUUUUAAGUAUUUAAAAAGUGUUUUAUUUAAACUUUCAAAUUAUUGUUGUAAAUUUUUUUUACGUAUAGUGGGAGAGCCUCUUUCACGGCCUUUCUCUUUGUGUCGUUUACCUAAAUACAGAAAAAAAUAUUUUAGGAAAAAUAAGUAUUUUGCACUUAGGCAGCGUUUUAUCAGGUGUGAUAAGAAAAUGCGCAAAUUGAUGGGAUGUUAUUUUGGCAUUGGAUGUUUUCUCCUAAUGGGAUUCUUCACAUUGGAAGUGAGUGCAUCGAGUGACGAACAUCCAUGGGAUUUGCUGAUUUUCACUCAACAGUGGCCACAGACAGUUUGCCAUCAAUGGAUGGAGGAGGACAAGACGCACAAAUGUCUCCUUCCAUCGGCAAAAAAUCUAUGGACAAUCCAUGGAGUUUGGCCGACUGAAUUCAACAAAAUGGGACCUUUCUACUGCAAUUCCUCCUGGACAUUCAAUGCCAGCGAUAUUGCUCCCAUUGAGAAUCAAUUGCAGAUUUUCUGGACAAAUGUCGAACUCAGAACAGAUCACUAUGAUUUGUGGAGGCAUGAAUGGGAAAAGCAUGGAACUUGCGCAUCAAUCUUGCCGGAACUAAGCACAGAAAUUCGUUACUUUACUCAAGGACUAAAUUGGCUUCAUCACUAUUCAAUGUCGUCAAUUCUGGCCGAAGGUAAAAUCCUUCCAGAUUCAACGCCAACCGUUGAGGAACUUCAUACAGCCAUUGUAGCCCAACUAAAUAAAAAUCCCGUAAUCCACUGCAAUUACGAUUCGAAGCAAAAAGAAAUUUUCCUGGCCGAAAUUCGAAUUUGCUUCAAUAAAACCCUCGAAUUAAUGGACUGUGAUGGCGUUGUAGGGGAUGAUCAUUUCGUACAUGAAUAUUCUGGUGGAAAAAUCAUCACCAAUUGCGAUCCCAGCAAGAAAAUUAACUACCCUAGCAUUGUUCCCAAUUUAAGUGAAAUACUAUCAUCAUCAAAAGGUGAUACUGGAGAUUCUUCAUGGAACCUCUCCCUGGUCAGUAUCUACAAAAUCAUCCAGAUCGUUAAAUGGGCAACGUUCUAAAAUUUGCAUGAAGCAAGAAUUCUCCUCUUCAGCAUUCAUCCCGCCUCACUUUUUAGCCAAUUACUGUACAUAUUCAAUUUUGAAAAUUGUGUAAAUUAAUUUCUUUAAAUAUAAGUUUAAAGUAUUUAAUAGAA